AACAGAGACAACGGACGGAGAAAUCAAGUAUACGGGAUGUUUAAUCAUAUCCUAGAUAUAUAGUAUCCGAAACCUAACAAUUUAUAAGAAAAAUAUUUCAAAAUAUUUCAGUGCAAAACUAUAGUAAUUAUUUCCGCCAAAAUCUGAACUUUUCUUGAGUUGUUAAAUAUUAAUUAUUUUAUCAUUGGUAACAAAGCGUGACAAAGUGAAUGGUUGCCCAUUAUCAACAAUUAAACUAAAGUUGAGAAAGCUCAUCAAACCCUGAUCAAUAAAAUUUCUAAAUACUGUCUGAUCGUUAAAAUAUGAAAAAUAUCCAUAUGCUUGAAUAUCAGUGAAGCAUGCAUGAUAUUUCAGGCAAGCUGACCAAGGCCUGAGUUUCCUGGUUCUCAGUAGUUUCUCCAACCUUUUCCCACGUAUAUUCCCUGGCACACGGAGUAAACCCGAGACAUCCUAUUCAUCCCUACCGGAUACAAACCAUUUAUCUUAGACUUAAUAGUCAACCCCACAUUACAGUACUCCGCUUAUAAAACCGAACACACGGAGAUUUGAAACUAGAGUGAAAAUAUUGUGACUCCACCUUCACCCUGAUCUAACCUGGAACUAUAAAAUGCUGAGGUUGUGGGGGAGUAGGAGAGGAAACAGAGGACGGGGUUCAGGAAGAGGAUCAGGGCGAGGUGCUCCGGGUCCUGGUAAACCAGUGAAAAUCCGAAAGUAUGAUAUCCACACCAAACCUCCAGAAACUCUGUCCAAGCAUCUUCUUCCUUGUCAUGUCAGACUUCUUGAUGGAACAGAUUUAUAUAUUCAACUAUUGAGCGGUGCACUGGGGUGCGAGUUGUUGGAGUGUGUUUACAAACACCUGGAUAUUGUAGAAACGGAUUACUUUGGUCUCCAGUAUACAGAUGAAACAGGGCUCAGCAGAUGGAUUGAUAUGACAAAAUCUAUAAAGAAACAGACUUCAAAACAGAAAGGGUUCCCUUGGAUCAGGUUCUGGUUUGCUGUCAAGUUCUACUCCAGUGAUCCGCUCAAUCUGAGAGAAGAAAUAACAAGGUACCAGCUGUUUCUGCAGCUAAAGCAGGAUGUUUUGACCGGUAGGCUGGAACCCCCUCACAAUAUAUCCAUACAGCUAGCUGCCCUAGCAUUACAGUCGGAGUUGGGAGAUUUCAAUCCUGGAGUUCACACCGCAGCGUUCGUCUCAGAGUUCCGGUUCGUCCCCGUCCAAACCGAGGAGAUGGAGGAGGAGAUACUCUCCGCCUUCAGUCAGAUCAUCGGCAGAUCUCCGGCCGAGGCGGAGUCAGAGUAUCUCAGGGUUGCCAGAGAGCUGGACAUGUACGGAGUGGAGAUUCAUUCCGUCCUUGGUAAGGACGGAUCUCAAUACUCACUCGGUCUCACUCCGACAGGUAUCCUGGUAUAUGAAGGACUGCAGAAGAUCGGAUUAUUUUUCUGGCCGAAAAUCACAAAACUAGAUUUCCAGAAGAAGAAGCUUUCUCUCCGGGUUGUGGAAGAAGAGGGUGAGGAGAAGGAACAGGAACACAUAUUCAUAUUCAGAUUAACCUCGGAGAGAAGCUGCAAACACCUCUGGAAAAGCGCGGUGGAGCAUCAUGCGUUCUUUAGACUGAGAACUCCAGGAAGAUCAACCAAGAUCAAGCAAACCUUCUUCAGGAUGGGAUCAAGGUUCCGAUACAGCGGCAAGACGGAAUUCCAGAGCAGAGUCGGAGUGGAACCAAGAAGGAAGCUACAGUUUGAGCGUAGGCCCAGUACUAGAUACGCUCGGCGUCAAUCUCAUCUGAUUAAAGAGAAAGAAUCCAUCAAUCAAGCGUCCAAAAAGUCCUAUGAGAUUGAUACAAGUGAUACUAGGUUCAUAAACAAUAAACAUUCAAGCUGUCACGAGCUCAGAGUUCUCCCGAUAAAUUCUAGAAAUACACAAAAAAUCGGAAUACCCGCCGUAACCUCGCCAGUGCCCGCGGUUUCCUCUCCCAUCCCUCUUAACGUUAUCACACAAUCCCAGGGGAUGGGGCUACCCUCAACUCUUCCUCUCAGUCCCGCCGGGUACCAUACCAGAUCCAUAGUAGAUAUUAUAUCAGAAUUCAAUGAGAAGAAUCAGAACUUGUCAGAUCAAUCAAAAGUGCCGAACGCCCCAGAUAUCUCUAUACCCAGGGAUAUUGAUUAUCUAAAAUGGGUUUCGGAAACCAAAUGUCCAUCCAAACUAACUCCAACGGAAUCUUGUAGCUCGGGAAAAUCAGGGAGCAGCUCAAACAGUGGUUCGGAGAAGGAGAAACAUCGUGCAUCCUCCCCUGACAGUGGUUGUGAUGUCUCCGUGAUGGUUGCAUACACUUCAGAACCUAAAGUCCGUCGAGUAGAUUCGUCUUCACAAUCGGUUCCAACCCCUGCUCCUAGACAGAGCCUGAGAAAACAUAAAACUGGUAAAGAGAAACCAAAGAGUAUGCUUGUCACUGAAAUUGAGCACCCGGAGAAGGUUUCAAUAUUAACCAAAGAAGCAUUGGCCGAGAUCCCUGAUUGUCGAGUAACCCGAAACUCCAGCUACGAAUUAAACUGUCCGUACAGUAGGACGGCUAUAUAUAGUCUUGAAGGGAGUAGGCUCCAGGAGCAAAUGGAACAGGAUGGAAGUGACAGUGGUCAUGGUAGCUCCAUACUUAGUAACACCAGCCGACUACGUUCCUACGCCUCUAGUAGGGAUAUUCUCGAGAUGUAUGGAACCGGAGCUGGACAACCCUUAACCCCUCGUAUGCUGGGUUUCUCUAGCUCCGACCUGAGACUCCCUCCGUCCGCACUCCUUCUCUCUCUCUCUGGGAAGAAAUCUAACUCAUCAAUGAGCGUACACUGGGCCCAACCCCCCAACUCUGCUGUUUAUCAAAACAUACCUAGACGACUAGAGAGAGAUAUUGUUUUCUAGAGAAUAUCUUGCAAAAGGCUCCAGGCUAGGUCGGAGAAAGAUAUAAAUACCGGGUACAGUUAUAAACCUGCACCUGGACUCUCCAGGAUGGGUCUAUCAUUAGUUCUACGUCUCCAAUACUUCCGCCAAAGAUGUAUUAGUUCCUCUCCGGGGUUGGAAAGUUUCCCGUGAGAGAUCCAUUUAUUGUCUCCCCCAUCCUGCUCCGACCAGCUGACCAGACCAAACCAUGAGGUUCGGAUUGCUUCAGGCUAGAACUGCUGUAAGAAUGAUAUCAAACAAUAAACUUCUUCUAUCCGCUUCAAUAUCUAAUCAUUAUCCAAUCAAACCCUGAACAUAUUGAGCUCAUGAUGAAAGGAAAGGAAAGAGAAAUUAAAUGAUUCUGUUUUUACAAACUGUUCACAAAACUAUAGAAAAUAUUAUAUAUAUAUGUAGAUCUUUAUUAUGUAAUAAAAAAUAAACUUUUUCGUCA